AAAUGGAAGUUCUACACAUUCUCACAGUAAUUGCACUCAUUGGCUUUAACGAAGCAGCACGAUGCAAGAACACGACUUUUUACGCCACCCCUUCACUACGCUGGGUAAACCUUUUGGAGGAAAAAAGUGCAGAUUGUACAUAUCACAUAAAGCCAAACACGACAUAUGCAAGCAAAUAUUACCUGAAACUAGACUGGUGGGAAGUUCAUGUUGAAGGCAAAAUGCCCACCUGCGAGGACGAAUACAUUGAACUUUUCCUCACCGAAUCAAAGACUUAUGUAGGGAAAUUUUGCACCAACAAUACAGAGGGUGUGCCUUAUGAAUUGGUAUCUUAUGAUGGCAGCGCAACAAUAAGAAUCUUCUCUAAAACAAACUGGAUAUAUGGAAAGAUCGUUUUUUAUAUGCAGGUAAAACCAUAUGCAGAAUCACUUGGUGGAAGUCAAGAUAAACGUUGCAUCAUUAACCCAUUGGCACAUACUGGGUAUAUCCAUUCCACUGGUUGGCCAAAAGGGUAUAUGGCAUCUCAGGAGACUUGCCAUUAUUAUGUGAAAAAUGACUUAGUACAGAAGGAAUUUGUCUUCAUUUUCUGGGAAUUGGAUGUUGACAACAGGUCACCUGAUGUAUGUGAUGAACAAGAUGACUAUGUUAUGAUCAAAGGUGCGAAUGAAGAUGAUAGAAGCAAAGCGAAGCCGGUCAGUGGCCGGGUGUGCAGCAUGACUCAAAUGAGGUUCUUCAGGACUAGGUAUAAACACAUUUUCGUGGAGUUUGUAAGACAACGAGGCUCAGGACCAGCACACAGAGGAUUUGUUGUUGGUUUCAAAGGAUACUUCUUCAAAAAUGGCACAAUUGGACCAGAUGAAAGUCGUAACAUUACGAAUGGAACUACGAAACCGGGGGGCGACAAGAAAGAUGGAAGAAACCAUGCUGUUCUUACUACUCAUAGUUUAAGUCUAGUUACUUUUGUGUUUAUUUUCUGGCAAUGUUUGACUUUAAUUAACUAAAAAACUGAGUAAUAAAAAAUUGCAGCUGUCUUUUUGCGUAAUUGGUUAUUAAUUUUGAAGGAGAUAGCUAUAUUAUUUAAUAUUGUUAAUAAAUACUACUGCCGAAAGCUAGAAAUGAAUAUUACAUGUACUUUGUUUUUCUGUCCAUUUUGAAAUAGCCUCGUUUUUAAAUUUUGUGACGUUAUCAUUGUGUAGCCACCUUUGAAGUAAAUUGAUGAUUACAAUUACUAUUGAAUCGA